CCAUAGAGAUAGUAUUUAGGGCGAGGACAAAAUGUUUGUAAAGACAUUGGUUGUGGGAUUGUGUGUCUUAUGUUUUGUUAAAGGCUUUGUUUUGGUAGGAUCCUCUAACGAUGCGUUACCUCUCGUUUUAACCACAUGGCCUUAUCAAGAUGCAGUGAGGGCAGGAUGGAUGACUUUAACCGGAAGUGGUAACAGCGCGGUUGAUGCCGUUGAGGCGACUGGUCAUUCUUGUGAGAUGUCUACGUGCCGACACACCGUAGGAUUUGGAGGCACACCCGACGAAAGUGGUGAAACUACUCUUGAUGCAAUGAUAAUGGACGGUACAACACACAACGUGGGUGCAGUUGGUGGGUUAAGAAGGAUCAAACAAGCCAUAUCAGUAGCCAGGAAGGUCCUAGACAACACUGACCAUACAUUGUUAGUUGGAGAUGCAGCCACGAAGUUUGCCGUUGAAAUGGGGUUCAUGGAGGAAAACCUGACAACAUCAUACUCUGAGCAACUGUGGGAAGUAUGGAAAAAUGGAAGUUGUCAACCAAAUUUUCGUGAGAAUGUCUUCCCUGAUCCCAGCAAAUCUUGCGGCCCGUAUCAUCCAAUCAAAAGCUCUAAUACAACAAGAGAUGAAACGCCAGGAAUGAUUGGUGAAAAUAAUCACGACACGAUUGGAAUCAUCGCCAUAGAUGCAUAUGGAACAGUUGCUUCAGGCGCGUCAACCAAUGGUUUAACGUAUAAAAUUCCAGGUCGUGUUGGUGACACCCCUGUUGCCGGAGCCGGUUCCUACGCAGACACAGAUAUAGGUGCAGCGGCAUGCACGGGAAACGGAGAUAUAAUGAUGCGAUUUCUGCCAAGUUAUCACGCUGUAACUUUGAUGGGCACUGGUAUGUCACCGACGGACGCUGCAAUGGCUGCUAUAAACGCAAUACGCCGGAAGUACCCGACCUUUAGCGGAGCAGUAGUCGCAGCAAAUAAACAAGGAGAAUAUGGUGCAGCUUGCCAUGUGUGGACGAAUUUUGCCAUCACUGUAAGGACCCCAGCUCUUUCUGAUGCUACCGUCUAUAACAUAACAUGUACACAGUAGUGAUUCGAAUAAAAUUUCAUGUUGAAUGGGGUAAUACAAGAACAAGGAGUUGUGUACUAUACGA